UAUUACAAGACUUUUAUUCUCUCUCACACACAUUCACAGAUAAAGUUUAGGCAUCGAAUAGUUGGUUCCUGGGCUGUAAACCUCCCAACUUCCUGAUCCAUGCUCCAAAGGACAGAUCUAGGAUCAGCUCACCCUCGUCAAAUCCAAACCAGGACCUUAAUAAUCCACAAAGGGGAAAACUGACCUUAGACCAGCGUUUAAACCCCACGUCUUCCUGCCCAGACACUGCUCUCCAUCCAGAGUUCCUCUGUGCUCUAACUGUCCAUCCGUCUAUCCAUCCAUUCAUCCCUCCACACCCCAGCCAACCAGCCAUGGAUCUGAUGAGUGAAGACAUGAAUUGCUGCGUCUGCUUCGAACCCUACUCUCGCACGGAGAAUAUCCCUCGGGUGCUCCACUGCGAACACACCUUCUGUGGGCCGUGCUUGGAGGCGAUCUCCAGGCUCCAGAGUGGCCUACUGACCGUGUGCUGCCCUCUGUGCCGCUGGAUCACCUGUAGCCGGGCCAGCUUACCCUUUGCUGGUUCUCUGUUUGUCAACACUGAUAUCUGGGACCAGAUAGCAGACAGACAGGAGGAAGAGGAGGAGAAGGAGGCGUGGAUAGGAGAUAACAGACAGACACAGACCUCCACACAGUACAAAUGCUCUUCAUUGGGGCAUUCUGGUGUGAGGAUCAAGCUACAGAGUUUCUGGAGGAGAAUGAAGCACAAUGGUCAGAGAAGACUAAAAGAAGGGAAGACAUUAAGGUCUUGGUUGUGUAUUGAUAGGUGAUGUCAAUGCCAUACAAUACUCCUUCCGUGGCCUCGAACUGCUCUUAAACGCUAGUAAAAACUAAAUGCAUGCUUUUCAACCGCUCACUGCCCGCACAUGCCCGCCCGACUAGCAUCACUACUCUGGACGGUUCCGACUUAAGAAUAUGUGGACAACUACAAAUACCUAGGUGGCUGGAUAGACUGUAAACUCUCCUUCCAGACUCAUAUGAAACCUCUGCAAUCCAAAAUUAAAUCUAGAAUCGGCUUACUAUUUCGCAAACAAAGCCUCCUUCGGCAGAUAGUUUUACAAAGAAAGGGUCCAGAUUGUCUAGCCCGGCUGAUUUGUAGGGGUCCAGAUUUUGCAGCUCUUUCAGAACAUCAGCUGACUGUAUUUGGGAGAAGGAGAAAUGGGGAAGGCUUGGGCGAGUUGCUGUGGGGGGUGCAGUGCUGUUGACCGGAGUAGGGGUAGCCAGGUGGAAAGCAUGGCCAGCCGUAGAAAAAUGCUUAUUGAAAUUCUCAAUUAUAGUGGAUUUAUCGGUGGUGACAGAGUUUCCUAUCCUCAGUGCAGUGGGCAGCUGGGAGGAGGUGUUCUUAUUCUCCAUGGACUCUACAGCGUCCCAGAAUUUUUUUGAGUUUGUGUUGCAGGAAGCAAAUUUCUGUUUGAAAAAGCUAGCCUUGGCUUUUUGAACUGCCUGUGUAUAUUGGUUUCUAACUUCCCUGAAAAGUUGCAUAUCACGGGGGCUGUUCGAUGCUAAUGCAGAACGCCAUAGGAUGUUUUUGUGUUGGUUAAGGACAGUCAGGUUUGGAGUGAACCAAGGGCUAUAUCUGUUCCUGGUUCUACAUUUUUUUGAAUGGGGCAUGCUUAUUUAAGAUGGUGAGGAAAGCACUUUUAAAGAGCAACCAGGCAUCCUCUACUGAUGGAAUGAGGUCAAUAUCCUUCCAGGAUACCCGGGCCAGGUCCAUUAGAAAGGAAGCUGAAGUGUUUUAGGGAGCGUUUGACAGUGAUGAGUGGAGGUCGAUUGACCGCUGACCCAUUACGGAUGCAGGCAAUGAGGCAGUGAUCGCUGAGAUCUUGGUUGAAAACAGCAGAGGUGUAUUUAGAGGGCAAGUUGGUUAGGAUGAUAUCUAUGAGGGUGCCCAUGUUUACGGCUUUGGGGUGGUACCUGGUAGGUUCAUUGAUCAUUUGUGUGAGAUUGAGGGCAUCAAGCUUAGAUUGUAGGAUGGCUGGGGUGUUAAGCAUGUCCCAGUUUAGGUCACCUAGCAGCACGAGAUAGAUGGGGGGCAAUCAGUUCACAUAUGGUGUCCAGAGCACAGCUGGGGGCAGAGGGUGGUCUAUAGCAGGCGGCAACAGUGAGAGACUUGUUUUUAGAGAGGUGGAUUUUUAAAAGUAGAAGUUCAAAUUGUUUGGGUACAGACCUGGAUAGUAAGACAGAACUAUGCAGGCUAUCUCUGCAGUAGAUUGCAACACCGCCCCCUUUGGUCGUUCUAUCUUGUCUGAAAAUGUUGUAGUUAGGGAUGGAGAUUUCAGAGUUUUUGGUGGUCUUCCUAAGCCAGGAUUCAGACACGGCUAGGACAUCCGGGUUUGCAUAGUGUGCUAAAGCAGUGAAUAAAACAAACUUAGGGAGGAGGCUUCUAAUGUUAACUUCUUUGGGAUAUGUGGGACGCUAACGUCCCCUUUGGCCAAAAGCCAGUAAAAAUGCAGAGCGCCAAAUUCAAAUAAAUUAAUAUAAAAAUCUAACUUUCAUGAAAUCACACUUGAAAGACACCAAAUUAAAGCUACACUUGUUGUGAAUCCAGCCAACAUGUCUGAUUUCAAAAAGGAUUUACGGCGAAAGCACACCAAACGAUUAUGUUAGGUCAGUACAUAGCCACAGAAAAACACAGCCAUUUUUCCAGCCAAAGAUAGGAGUCACAAAAAGAAGAAAUAGAGAUAAAAUGAAUCACUAACCUUUGAUGAUCUUCAUCAGAUGACACUCAUAGGACAUCAUGUUACACAAUACAUGUAUGUUUUGUUCGAUAAUGUGCAUAUUUAUAUCCAAAAAUCUUAGUUUACAUUGGCGCCAUGUUCAGAAAUGCCUCCAAAAUAUCCGUAGAAAUUGCAGAGAGCCACAUCAAAUAACAGAAAUACUCAUCAUAAACUUUGAUGAAAGAUACAUGUUAUACAUAGAAUUAAAGAUACACUUGUUCUUAAUGCAACCGCUGUGUCAGAUUUAAAAUAAACUUUACGGAAAAAGCAAACCAUGCAAUAAUCUGAGACUGCGCUCAGAAUUGUUUUUUUUUUAUCCGCCUGCGACUGAAACGAAUUGCAAAAAUCUCUGAAGUUGGAGACUUUAUUUCCCUCAACAACUUUAAACAUUUGCUAUCUGAGCAGCUAACCGAUCGCCGCAGCUGUACAUAGUCCAUUGGUAUAUAGCCCACCCAAUUUACCUACCUCAUCCCCAUACUGUUUUUAUUUAUUUACUUUUCUGCUCUUUUGCACACCAGUAUCUCUACUUGCACAUGAUCAUCUGAUGAUUUAUCACCCCAGUGUUAAUCUGCUAAAUUGUAAUUAUUCGCUCCUAUGGCCUAUUUGUUGCCUACCUCCUCAUGCCUUUUGUACACAUUGUAUAUAGAUUCUCUUUUUUUCUUUUUUCCCCUACUAUGUUAUUGACUUGUUUAUUGUUUACUCCAUGUGUAACUCUGUGUUGUUGUCUGUUCACACUGCUAUGCUUUAUCUUGGCCAGGUCGCAGUUGCAAAUGAGAACUUGUUCUCAGCUAGCCUACCUGGUUAAAUAAAGGUGAAAUUAAAAAUUAAAAAAAUUAAAUUAAAAAUUGUUGGAGUCAACAUAAAUCAGAAAUUACAAUAUAAAUAUUCCCUUACCUUUGCUGAUCUUCAUCAGAAUGCACUCCCAGGAAUCCUAGUUCCACAAUAAAUUGUUGUGUUGUACGAUAAUGUCCAUCAUUUAUGUCCAAGUAGCUACUUUUGUUAGCGCCUUUAGUAAACAUAUCCAAACGCUCGUGCAGUUCCCGCAUAACGUCGGACGAAAACUUCAAAAAGUUAUAUUACAGGUUGAAUAAACUUGUCAAACUAAGUAUAGAAUCAAUCUUUAGGAUGCUGUUAUCAUAAAUAUUCAAUAACGUUCCAACCGGAGAAUUCCUUUGUGUCUGUAGAAGUAAUGGAACGCAAGUCGCUACCAUGUGAAAUGCGCGUGACCAGGACUUGGCUCUCUGCCAGACCACUGACUGAAACAGCUCCCAUCCGGCUCAACAUCCCAAUAUAAGCUUCAUUCAACAUUCUACAGACUGUUGACAUCUAAUUGAAGGCGUAGGAAGUGCAAACAGAUCCAUAUCCCCCUGGGAUUUCAAUAGGCGAUGAGUCGAAAAUCGACCAGCCUCAGAAUUCUCACUUCCUGUUUGGAUUCUCAGGUUUUUGCCUGCCAUAUGAUUUCUGUUAUACACACAGACAUCAUUCAAACAGUUUUAGAAACUUCCUAGUGUUGUCUAUCCAAUAGCAAUAAUAUUAUGCAUAUAUUAGCAUCUGGGACAGAGUAGGAGGCAGUUCACUCUGGGCACGCUAUUCAUCCAAAAGUGAAAAUGGUGCCCCCUAUCCCCAAAAAGUUUUAAGAUGCAUGAAACCAAGGCUAUUACGGUUACAGAAGUCAUCAAAAGAGAGCGCCUGGAGAAUAGGAGUGGAGCUAGGCACUGCAGGGUCUGGAUUCACCUCUCCAUCACCAGAGGAACAGAGGAGGAGUAGGAUAAGGGUACGGCUAAAAGCUAUAAGAAUUGGUCGUCUAGGACGUCUGGAACAGAGAGUGAAAGGAGCAGGUUUCUGGGGGCGAUAAAAUAGCUUCAAGGUCUAAUGUACAAACAAAGGUAUGGUAGGAUGUGAAUACAGUGGAGGUAAACCUAGGUAUUGAGUGAUGAUGAGAGAGAUAUUGUCUCUAGAAACAUCAUUGAAACAUCGCAUGUGUGGGUGGUGGAACUGAAAGAUUGGAUAAGGUAUAAUGAGCAGGGCUAGAGGCUCUACAGUGAAAUAAGCCAAUAAACACUAACCAAAACAGCAAUGGACAAGGCAUAUUGACAUUAAGGAGAGGCAUUUUUAGCAGAGUGAUCACAAGGUUCCAGUGAGUAGUGAGGUUGGUUGGGGUCACGGCGAUUAAGACAGCUAGCCGGGCCAUGGGUAGCAAGCUGGCAGAGGAUGGAGGUCUGUUUUUAGACACCUCGUGCGUUUCCGUCGGUAGAUUAGUGGGGUUCCGUGUGGUAGAGGGGACCAUUGUCCGAUAGACCUAUUCAGAAAGCAGCCGAUAAGACACAGUCCAGUACGUCAUGUGCCUCCUCUCCGCACUCGCCCUGAGGUGCGUGUCCUCAGCCCGGUACCACCAGUUCCGGCACCACGCAUCAGGCCUCCAGUGCGCUUCCACAGUCCAGUACCGCCUGUGUCUCUUCCCCGCACUCGCACUGAGGUGCGUGUCCUCAGCCCGGUACCACCAGUUCCGGCACCACGCUUCAGGCUUCCAGUGCGCUUCCACAGUCCAGAGCUUUCGGCGACAGUACCCAGUCCAGAGCUUCCGGCGACAGUACCCAGUCCAGAGCUUCCGGCGACAGUACCCAGUCCAGAGCUUCCGACGACAGUACCCAGUCCAGAGCUUCCCUUCCGGCGACAGUACCCAGUCCAGAGCUUCCCUUCCGGUGACAGUUCCCAGUCCAGAGCUUCCGGCGACGUGCCACAGUCCGGAACCUCCAACGAUGGGCCAAAGUCCGGAGCCUCCAGCGACGGUCCCCAGUCCGGAGCCUCCGACGGCGAUCCUCAGUCCGGAGCCUCCGGCGGCGAUCCUCAGUCCGGAGCCUCCGGCGGCGAUCCUCAGUCCGGAGACUCCGGCGGCGAUCCCCAGUCCGAAGCUCCCCAGUCCGGGGUCUCCGGCAAAGGUCCCCAGUCCGGGGUCUCCGGCGAUGAUCCAUGGUCCGGUUCUACAAAGGCGGAGGGAUCAGCGUAAAGAGUAGGGGCUGCGUCCAGAACCGGAGCCGCCACCGAGGGUAGAUGCCCACCCGGACCCUCCCCUAUAGGUUCAGGUUUGCGGCCGGGAGUCCGCACCUUUGGGGGGGGGGGGUGGUACUGUCACGCCCUGACCUGACCAGUGUUCAUUCUUAUAAUAAAGAAGAAUGUACACAUACCACGCUGCUCCUUGGUCUCCUCCUUUUGACAGCCGUGACAGCUCCGGGACCGACGUAAGGCAAUAGUCACUCGGAUAGCAGAUCCAGGUGUAAAUGUCCAGAUUUGUUGUAGUAAUAUAUUAUUUUUUUUCAGACCGAGAUCUCUGUCAGCUUUCCUAAUAGUUGUUUCUGUU